AUGGCUAUCACAAUUGUUCUCACAAUUGCGACUAUUCAUCAAGGAGGAGGAAUGGAUCAUCAAGGAGGAGUAAGUGUUGCGUCAAAAGAAUACUCUUUAUCAAGAGGGAACGAACAUAAUGAUAUACUAUCAUCGACGUCUAGUACCUCAAAAGCCAAACGCAUAAGUCGUUUCCUCAAGGAAGAAGUGAAACCUAAAAACCCAAGAGCUGCAUCACACUGUAACAAGAACGACAAUGUUUGUUACGCUGAAGGAAGUCCUGGAACGACUUGUUGUAAUAAUAAGUGCGUCAACUUAACAUCCGACUCUGACAAUUGCGGCGCAUGUAAGAGCAAAUGCAAAUUCUAUACGGAGACAUGUUGUAACGGAAUAUGUGUGAAUCUAUCCUAUGACAAGAGGCAUUGUGGGAGGUGUAACAACAAGUGCACGACUGGUGGUAUCUGUUUAUAUGGGAACUGCGACUACGCUUAA